AUGGGUAGUAUCGGACCAGUUGACAUCCUCCAAGAUGAGCUCGAUCGAGUUCUCCUCGCGGUGCAAAAGCACCAAGCCGAGUUAUCAAAUGCAGCCAACUUUAACGCACGGUACAGCCUCAUGACCAAAGCAAACAACCUGCUUCAGACUAUCCGCGGCCCGGCGGACAUGGUCUUUGCCAAUUUCGAGGAUGCCUCAAAGAUGGGAGCGAUUCGGGCCUUGCUCGAAGGCGGAGUACUCCAAGCCAUGCCGACGGGUGGUGAGAGCAUCUCAGCCGACAAGCUCGCCUUAAAAACCGGCGUGGAUAAAGCACUGAUUGUGCGACUCAUGCGGGCGGUUACCCCCGUCGGCCCUGUCCGGGAAACAGGAGAGGAGCAGUACGCCCACACGCCCUUCUCGGAGAUUUAUUUGGCGCCACAGAUGCAAGCCGUGUAUAAUAUGAUGGCCGACGAAUUCAUCCCCAGCAUGCUCCGCAAUUACGAUUGGCAGAAACAGAACGGCUGGAAAGACCGGUACACUCUGCACAACAACCCAUAUACCGCGACCAUGAACUGCCAGGGUGAGACAAUGUUUGAACAUAUUUCCAAGUUUCCGGACCGGUUUAGUCGUUUCAACGACGCGAUGCAGGGGGCCGAUUCGUCCCUGAUGACCGUUGACCUGUACCCCUUCGAAAAAGAACUGGGCAGACUUGCCAACGACGACACUGUCACCCUAGUUGACGUCGGUGGUGGGCGCGGCCAUAUCACUCGGCAGAUCAAGGAGGCCUUCCCAAGCCUCAAGGGCCGAUUCAUCCUCCAGGAUAGGCCCAGCGUAAUCGAGGAUAACGGGGACGAAAUUAAGUCUCAUGGCAUCGAAGCGAUGGGCCAUGACUUUUUCGAUCCACAACCAGUCAAGGGAGCUCUGGCCUACUACAUCCGGCGCUGCCUCCACGACUGGCCCGAUGAGCCCGAGGCGCGAACGAUCCUGUCCAACCUAGCGGGCGCCAUGGAUCGCGAGAAAUCCCGAGUACUAAUAACCGAGUUCAUCGUGCCCGCAGAAGGCGGGACGAUGUUCCACGCCUGGAUGGACCACACCAUGAUGACGUUCGGCGGCGUCGAACGCACCGAGAAAGACUGGGCGAACCUGCUCGAUCGCUCGGGAUUGCAAAUGGUCAAAGUAUGGCGAUUGCCUGGUGUGCCCACGGGAGUCAUCGAGGCACGAUUGAAGUAG